AAGGUUAAUUAGAGAUAAGGGUCGCUUGCUUAGGGGUCAAGUAAGCCUUGCUUAGGGGUCAAGUAAACCUCUCUAUAUAAAGAAAGAAGAUGUAUCAAUCUAAUCAAGCAAGAAUUAAGAAGAAAAUCCCUUCCAUCUUGCCUGGCCGUGGGCAAAAGGUCCCCGGCCAGCCCUCUCGCCCCCUCCUUCUAGCAGCGCCAUAACACGUGGUCUAACUGGGAACUCUGACCUGCAGGGUCUUCGAUGUAUCUCUGAACAAGAAGUUAAAGUAUAUCAGGAGAUCGUACUUCGGCUUCCUGCGUGUUAUAUAUGCCACGGUGAUCGACAGGCGAUGGCACAUCAGGAAAAGGAGAAAUGCCGAUAACAAGGAUCCCUCCAUGGCACGCCUAUUGGUAGCGAUUACCAUAUUGUUCAUUCAGCAGCUGGUGUUCGCAGUUAUACUGUGCCCUUUAGCAGCGCUUUACUUGUGUGGGUUGGUGAUCACCGGCGGGAUAUCUCUGUGGCGCCUGAUACGGCGCGAUUACGGCGAGGUGGAUGGACGUGCAAACCUGCAGCCUGCUCUGAAUGUCUUUUACUCACUGGCUCUGUUCCAGGGUGUGCUCUUCUGCUACAGGUUCUUCUCAUAUUCUGCAGGAGAUGGGCUAGUCAGUAAAGUGGUCGAAGAAUACAAGCUGGACAAAGAAGGAUCCGUUCGGAAAUCGGUGAAGGAGUACCUGUGUCAGACCAGAAAUGGGUGCGCCAAGGACCCAUCAUUUGUAAAGGAAAGGAACCUGGUCACGUACGCUGUGGAUUUGAUGAAGUCUGAAUCAUCUGGCAGCUACCUCUCCGGGGUAAGGAUUUUGGACGCACUCUUGGCACAGUCAGCUCUCAAGGAGCAGCACUCGAUGAUUGCACAGCUCAUUGGGUCGGCAUCCUGCAGCCAGAUAGUUGAGAAACUGCUGCAGGCGCUCGAUUCAAGAAGCCGACAAGACAAGGAGAUCAUGGAGCUCGCUGCCAGGAUAGCGGUGAAGCUUGCUGGAGAGAUCCAUUUGAAGCGGUUUCCACAAGGCAUACUGUGUAUAUCUUCACUGCUCGAAACCUCUCAGCGACAGCCUGACGAUGACAGUGCCCCUUCCGGUGAAUUCAAGUCGCUCAUGAAGCAAGGCCUUGUUAUCCUUGACAGCCUCGCUGCUGACAAACAUAACUGCUGUCUCAUAUGCGAAGACCAGAGCCUUCUCUUCAAGGUCAUGGCCCCCAUAAGCUCUGAUAUGCUCCACCUCAUUGAUCAUGACGAAUGGUUUGGUGUAGCUGCAGCAUCACUGCAAGUCAUGUGCCGCAUCGUGACUUCUCCCGGAAGCACCGGCGAGAAUCUCCGUAACCAAAUCCACGGAAACACGGAAGUGAUCAGUAGCAUGGAGCGGAUUCUGCACUGUAAAAUCUGUCGUAAACACAAGUUAUACAUACUAGUCAUCAAAAUUCUCACAAAACUACCCAUGGAUGCAGCUCCAGGAGUGGGCACCAAAAGCCGAGGAAAAUUCAUCGAGACAAUGGCUCGCAUCUUCACUUCUGAUUCUGAAACCCAAGAUAGCUCCAUCAGAAAAUUGGCAGGGGAAGCACUGGCGAUGCUAAGCGAAAAAUAUGCUACCAUCUUCUUGAAGGAAAAUGGUGGUGUUGUCGAUGAUCUAAGUAGGAUGCUCUUUAAGGCUGACCACAACACAUACAGAAUAACUGCAGCUGAAACCCUGAAACAUCUUUGUAUGCAUUACAAAGAGAAUGAAGAUUGUUUCAAGGAACUCAUGAAAGCCAUGAAAGAUGUCACGCCAAAGGUUCUCAUUCAAAUACUUCCUCAUGGAUCAACAAGGAAGGAAGUACAAGCAAGAAAUGAAACAGAUAAAGACAAGUAUCAGCCACCAGGAGCUGACUUAGAAGAUGGCCAUGACAGUUGUGUUUCAUCACAAGACAAUGGUCCGGACGAAAUCAUUUCCUCUCUUCAGGAAAAGGAUGAGGAAUCUGUGGACAGGAAAUUGCACGCAGCUUUAUUAUCUCUUUGUGCGGCAAUAUUUGAUAGAUUGAUCAGUGACAAAGGUCAUGAUUUAACUCCGCCGGUUAAGGCAAUUGUCUCAGAAGAUGCCGCAUUUAGCUUUGUUGGGAAGCUCAGGGAGAUGGUUGAAAUAAACCGUGAGCCCACAGCCAAUUGCCUGAUGAUAAUGAAGAUUAUCAGCAAGAUGGUAAUAUCAAUGAUGCAGCAUGGAGGCUGGUACGUCAAAAAAAAUCUGGACAGGACAGGUUUGACAGCUUGAUACUAUCUCUGUCUAAUGCUUCAGAUAAUAUGUCAGCACUUGAGGGUUUCAUGAUUUUUGCUAGUGCUGAUCGUCUUGCAAUGAAGGAAUUUGGCACUCUCGCUUCCCUAGUGAGUAAAGCACGAGAACUUCUGGACAAAAAUAAGAUGGAACAUCAAUCGGGAAUUAUACCAGCACCUUCCGUGUCAAUGGAAGUCAGCUCAUCGAGUAGUACUAUGCACAUUUAAACAUUUACACACUGCUAGCUACCAGCUACUUGUGUUGUUCGUAGUACCUAUUGUGGAUUAGUUGAUCCUCAAAAAAGGGAGAGAUUAUAUGUAUCAUUCCCUGCCUGUUGUGGGCAGAAUCAUAUUCGCAAUUUGUUUUCUAUAAAUGUGCAUGUGUCGUAGCUGAAGUUGCAAAGUGAAAAUGUGGCUUCGAUGGAGAGUACUUUCCUGAAGAAAUCUGUGGUAGCAGCUAGAAGGUCAAGUGUAUAGGCUAUGGUUCAUCUUCUAGGAGGUACUCGGCUCAAAAGUUGUCUUCACUUGUCAUGUUACUGGAGAUUUCUUGAGUAAGGAACUCAUACAGUUUACAAAUGUUUUUGUAUGAACAUUCGCCUUACUGGCCAUUCUAUCAGCACGCCAUUCUUAAUAUGUGUUCUUGGUUUACACAAUCUUCUUGUGUGUGACCUUGAAAUUCUUUCAGAAUUUUGUUCAAAAUUGCUAAUUCCAGAUUUAAGCUGCAUCUGCCACUCCUAUUCAUCCAUGAGCUCAUGGAUUCAUCCAUGAUAUUCAUAUUUUAAACAAGAUAUGCACAACUCACACAGAAAAUUGACUUCGUGGUCAAAUGGAAAAUUAGCUAACUCAAGACUUCUUCAAAUGGCGAGCUAAGAACAAAGGCCCCAUUGGGAACUCACCUGACUUCCUCAACUCCUACUCCCUCCGUUCCUAAAUACUUGUCUUUCUAGGCAUUUCAACAAGUGACUACAUACGGAGCAAAAUGAGUGAAUUUACACUCUAAAAUAUGUCUACAUACAUCCAUAUGUAGUAGUCAUUUGAAAUGUCUAGAAAGACAAAUAUUUAGGAACGGAGGGAGUAGAUGCCAACUUCUCCACAUCGAUGCCAGUUGCCAGCUUUUCCGGUGGAGGCAGGAGUAUCCGGCCAGACGGGCUGGCAGCCCAGCAAGGAGGCCUGAGGUCCAAUUCGGCGAGUGUUUGAGGCUUUGGGCCAGUCAGACUCAUCGAUGCGGCGGGGAACAAACUGGUCUGGCGUAUAGUGCGGUGGGGAGGCUCGUCGGAAUAGCUCAUUCGGCUGCCGAUGGCAAACACGAGGAGAAAGAUAUGAAGCUCGUCAUGGUCGGGCGUCCGAGCGGAGUCGAUGCGGUGGCGACAGCGUGAUGGGGCGGGAGAAACCUGCGGGUAUCAGUUGAAAGAAUUUUCUCAGCUACGAAGAUUAUCAAGAUAGGGCUGUGCUGGAAGCCUUUCCGUCAGUUGGUCACCUUCUAUCGGAUGUACAUCUCCAGCUGGCUUCCACAUACUGCAGGUGCUCUGCAGUCUUUGUGGUUGGGCCGAGUCCCGCAACGGAAACAGCUGCUACUGCGAUGGCGGCGCCGUGGUUGUCGUCAGUUAUAUAUGUUGCAUUUCAACCGCAGCAGCUAAUAGGGGGCGUCAUCAUGGAUAAAGUCAUGAAUUAGAUCAAGCUGGACAAACGAGCGCAGCGACGGGGACAUUGAUGGACUUGGGGAGGACGAGAACGUGAAGGCAGCGUCGUCGGCUGGUAGCAUAUGGGCAAGGAGAGGGCCCAUCAGUUUUUGACAGAAUGUAGAUAGUCCAUAUUGCCCUGGGAAAUCAACGGUGAGAUGGGACUUGUACUGUUGCUUCACGCACAAACCAAGUGGGGAGUUUAAAGUUCAGGGUUGAAAUAUGAACUUCUGCAAUAGUUGAGGGUUGAAAAGUGGACCUUUAAAAAAAAGGUUAUAGA